UGUCCCUACUGUCCCAGGUGCAAAGGUGUGUUUGGAGCAAGUUGGCUACCAAUGCCUGGAAGUGCGUCUAUGCCCUGUUGUCUAUAGAUGUAGAUACGGCUGCCCAGGGAGGUGAGACUUUAACUCACAUGCCCUGGGCUGCCGUAGCUAUUCAGUGGUCGGCCAUGUUAUUUUGUCAGCUUAAAUGUAAACACGGAUUCGGUGAACACUCCUUUGGUCAGCAUCUUCUUUAAAUAUCAAUCCCAUGCCUUUUUGGUUAAGCGUUGAAACGGAAAACUGACUCCACAUUUGCAGCAGGCUAACGGAAAUAACUUGCAUGCCUUGGCUAAAGACUAGCCUAUCCAUAUAUUUAUUAUGAUAGAAAUUUCAUCGGACUGAUAGUCUAUAGAAGACGACGUGAUUCCAGAUGCAUUAUUCGUGUCCUAAUCGUCGACUAGAUCGGUCUCUUCUUAACUUGUGAUGCUACAAGUUUGUGCUCCAUGUUCAAUUCUUCUUUCAUUUUCAGUCGAGCCGCACGUACGCGAACUGCUGUGAUUUAGCGAAUUCAUAAAACCGGCCGUGGUAUGACAAAAGUUCCGCAGCUUCCCUCUCGAUCUCAUCUCAGACUUCAGAGACAAUCAAGGCACGGAACUCACUUGGAAAACAAAUCGUUUACAUUUCAUGAUUUACAAGCACAUUGUUAGAGUAUAUCCCAGGCAAAGCACGGCAUGGUCAAGGUAGGUUAAAUAUUGAAUAGACCCAGGGAGAUGUGACUUGUGAGGGAGACCGAAAGUUAGACCGAUACUCGAUAGUGAUACCAGGUUAGAGCAAAUUACAGUUCAGUCGACUCUAAUUUAGUAUUAAUCAUUACAGCCAGUCCAGAUCGAAGUUGCAUCAUGACUCCUCGUGUUUCCCGUCGCAACUUAAGUAAACAUUGAUUGAUUAUCGCGGUCAAUAAUGAGAGCUUCUGUAUAGCCUACAACACUUAGUUUUAGUAUCAGUAAGACAGUAUCAUCAUUGUCAUUGUUUGGAAUGAAUGCACGGAGCAUGGCUACGCUGUGAAGACGACAAAACCGGAUCUAUGUCCAUGAGCUUAUCACUGAGUGAAAGAAUACUUCUUUAAAAUUGCGUCCGGCCUACUUAUACAAUCUACAGUAGAUCUAGAACUUAAUUGGUGCAUGCAUGUACCGGUUCAGCAACGACGAACAUUUUCAUUACAACUAGCCUACAGUAUACAGCCUUGCGCACGGGCCAGGCACGGCUCUCCAUCUUCAUACCAUUUGACCCUUCCGCGAUCAGUUGGAAUUAUAUUUAAAUUUUGCAGGUGGACCUCAAAUUAAGUCAGAACUGAGCUGACAGCAUCACCAUGUUCACGCAUUAGACUAACAGACCGUUGAGAGAACUAUUUGUGAUCUAUCUUGUCUCGACCAGCAGAUGUUACUUUUGGAGGUGAAUGAAAAGGAUUUAGAUCUACAGAGAACUCGUCGAGCUUUGGCUUUUGAAUAGAUCCAAAUUUAGGUCUAGGUCUACAUCUCAACAAAUCUAGACCCUAGAUUUGGUCUAUAUCAAUCAUUGUUAAUUUAAAUUUGAGAAAUCAACAUUCUCUUCAUACCAUAUUGUAUGCAAUAUAUCAUCGGAUUUGUGAACUGUUCAAAGUAUAUCACCUGGCUCAGGCACAACUUUCUAUCCUCCCACAAUGUUUCCCAUACGGUCAAGAUUUUCAAUCAAGAAAGCUUUUUAUAUCAUCUUGGGGAUUCUUUUCAUAUUUUCGCUGCAUCAAAAUGGUGUGUUCCACGCGCCCGGACGAUUCCUUAUUCCAGAGGACGACCAGUAUGCUGACGAUGAAGUAUACCAUCAAAAUUCACAAGAUUUCAGAUAUUCCGUCCAAAGAAAAUCGCAUUGCAAACCAAAGGAGAAGGUCGUCUUUCUCAAGACACACAAGACAGCGAGCAGCACCGCCGUAUCUAUCAUCGAGCGCUACGGUUUCAACAGAAACUUCACCUUCGCAUUAUCGAACAGCGCCCUCAAGUUCUACCAUGCUCCUCUCUUCUCACGCAGUAUGGUACACGAACUCUCGGACUCUGCCAUUGGUUGGAAGAAGGCCGAUGGCUACCACAUGUUAACCAAUCAUGCGCGGUUCAACAAAGCCGAAAUGGAUGACGUAGUACACAACGCGACAUACUUCACAAUCGUUCGCAACCCAGUCGACCAAUUAGAAUCAGCGUUUGGAUACUUCGGUCUUGGCAAGUCUAUGGGUUUCAAGAAAAAUGAUCAGCUGGAAGAAUUCAUGAAGGAUCCCAAGAAGCACUUUGGUUCCGUCAAGAAAGGCUAUUGGCAGUUUGCCAAGAACAACCAACUUUUCGAUUUGGGUCUUGACCACAAAUACCACGACGAUUCAGACGUCGUAACCGACACCAUCCACAAACUCGACCACGAUUUCGAUCUGGUCAUGGUCAGUGAGUACUUUGACGAAUCGGUGAUUCUCUUGCGUCGAUUGCUAUGUUGGGACAUCGAAGAUGUUCUUUAUAUUUCAAAAGCUAUACGUAGCAAAAGCCAUCGUCUCCAGAUGGAUGUCAACUUGCGAGAAAAGAUUCAAGCUUGGAACAAAGCAGACGUGCAACUUUAUCAACAUUUUAACAAGACGCUGUGGAGAAAGAUCAAAGAAUAUGGACCGACUUUUCAGCGUGAUUUAGAUUAUUACAGGACCAGAUUGGGCGAGGUGGCGGAAGAGUGCAUCGACCUUAGCCAAAAGAAUAGUCGGGAUGUUCGUGAGGUUAAGUAUGUCCUCAGAAAGGGCGCUCCACAUUACUGCCAGGAGCUUUUGUGGGGAGACGUGGAAUACACUAGAUUCAUUCAACGUCGGAUGUGGGAUAGGGGUAUACUGCUACCCCAUCCUAAAGCUCAGGGAUAAUUUCUGUACUGCUGAGAGUCUACAGUGGUUACAAAUAUUUUCAAAUAUGAUUAACUUUACAUUUAUUCUACUGAUACAAAUUCAGAUUACCAACACUGCAAUCUGCUGCUCACAAUAUCUUGAUGUGUCGACGGCCAUGCUCCAUAAUACAUCACUAACUGAAUGAUGGUGUGUCAUGAUGCUCGAGUACAGGAGUCGGAAAUCGCUCUUUGUAUGCAUUCAUCGAAAUAUGGCGCAAUUACUGCAGUAAUGUCGGUGUCGGUAAAAUACCCUGCCUUAAAAAAGACUAACAAACUGUAAACAAUUUCAAUUACAUGUUAUUAAAACAAACGUGCUUUGCUAUUCAAUAUAUUGCUUCCUCGUUGCAGCUGCCUUUAUUACCAUUGCAAUCGCUCAAUCAUGUAUUAACGUUAACUAACUAAUGUGCAAGAUCAUUAUUCUGAAAUAGUCAUUGUACGAGGCGUCAUUUUGAUUGCGUUUAUACCUGCGCUAAUCACAAAACAGGAUAUGUUAUGCUUGACCCAGGAAUUUAUCCCAAUGUUUGCAUGUGCCAUUUUGAAUACCAUGUCACUCCCACAAUGUGCAUCAAGGAUUGGAGUCGAUGGCGGAGAUCUACGUCAGCGAACUGACGCAGGCGUGUGCUACAGGCACUAGACUAGUAACAACUGAAGAUGAAGGGCAUUGUAAGGAUAUCAGAAGAAAGGCGGGGUGAUGUAAACAGGAUGGGCAGGAAGAGAUAAAUCUUUAUGGACAGGGGAGUGUUUAUUUAAAGCUCCUCUGCACUAUAGUUUGGCCAAGAGGGAUUAGUACCUCCCUGCGUGGUCAGCGACAGGUGGUUAUUUCAUUAAGCUCUCAAUUAACAUAAGAAAAACGGGAUCAUGGGGGACCAAUGGUCACCGUUUAUGCAUUGUUUGCUAUAUAGAGGGCGCAAGUAGCUAUCAGUAGUGCAGUGGGGAUUUAAAGAGGUCGGUUGAAACUACGGCAUUGCAUACGUACAUAUGUAUUCAGUUGGGUAUGAAAAGAAUAUGAAUAUACAAAAAAAUACAAUCGAAAACAGGUGGGGGGGGGGGGGUAGACCGAUGUAUGGACAAGUACCAGACAUUCUUCCUCAGUCAGUCUUUAUCAUUUUCUUCGUAUUAUUUCUACUUAUCGUAGUGCAAUGUCUACCAAGGUAUUAAAUCUUAUUUCGUGAGAAUAUACAGUGCAGUAAUUUAUUUUUCUUCAUCAUAUGGUGUUCAUAUUUAUUGUAUCAUGUUUGAAUAUCAGUUUGUUCUUAUCACAUUUGAGUAUUUGGAAAGUAUUACCGGAUGAUGCAACCUGUUUCUUUGUUUGUUCGUUAUAUAUUCUUUAAAUUUGUUUUGCAAAAAAAUCUUAAAAUACUGCUAUUAAAGUGCAGUUGGGUUUAGGUUUAACUCGGACUUCUAACAACAAAAAUAUUUAAUAGUUAUUGCGACACUUGUUAGAGUUUGCUGCUAGUCGAAAGAUGGCUUAUACUGUAUAAUAACCGUUGUGAAAUUUUGAAAACGUAAAUAGAAUAAAGAGGCAUACAUCCGAGAUAUAUUUGAAUGAUUUGCUUGUCAAAUAAGUCGAAAAUAUAUGUUUUGUCGGUA